AUGAGGAGCUCAAAAGGUUUUCCACGUAUUAGCCCUGCCGAACGGGCUCAAGAGAGAAUUUUCUCUAGGCCACCCUUGCCAAAUUUUAUUGGGCCCCUUUUCUAUUCCUUUCGAGCGUCACGCCAAAACACAAGGUUCAGCUCCAAAGGCCCAACCCCAGGCCCUCACAACUUUGUCUUGCAGAAGGAGAGACCUUAUGCUAGGCCACACCUGCCGAACAGCAAGGGCCGUGCUGGGUGUCCUACGAGCUCACACUUCACACUUUUGCCCAACCGUGGCCGAAGGUAG